UGUUGUUUUCAUUUUCGAUAUACUCUCUUUCUGGAAUGCUACUUGGAGGUCCCACAGGCGCUCCUCCAAGCGGAGCCUUGGAGGGCAAGGCCGGCACCAUUACCUCCAACGAGUGGAGCUCUCCUAACUCCCCGGAGGGGAGCACCGUCUCGGGGGGCAGUCAGGCCUUGGACAAGCCCAUCGACAAUGACGCGGAGGGCGUGUGGAGCCCGGACAUUGAGCAGAGCUUCCAGGAGGCCCUGGCCAUCUACCCACCCUGCGGCCGGCGCAAGAUCAUCCUGUCGGAUGAGGGCAAGAUGUACGGUCGGAAUGAGCUGAUUGCCCGCUACAUCAAGCUCCGGACAGGGAAGACCCGCACCAGGAAGCAGGUCUCCAGCCACAUCCAGGUGCUGGCCCGUCGCAAAGCCCGUGAGAUCCAGGCCAAGCUAAAGGAUCAGGCAGCUAAGGACAAGGCCCUGCAGAGCAUGGCUGCCAUGUCGUCCGCCCAGAUCAUCUCCGCCACAGCCUUCCACAGUAAAGUGGGCCUCGCCCGGGGCCCUGGCUGCCCAGCAGUCUCCGGGUUUUGGCAAGGGGCUCUGCCGGGCCAAGCCGGAACAUCCCACGAUGUGAAACCUUUCUCUCAACAAACCUACACUGUCCAGCCUUCGCUGCCUCUGCCAGGGUUUGAGUCUCCUGCGGGACCCGCCCCGUCGCCCUCAGCGCCCCCGGCGCCCCCGUGGCAGGGCCGCAGCGUGGCCAGCUCCAAGCUCUGGAUGCUGGAGUUCUCCGCCUUCCUGGAGCAGCAGCAGGACCCUGAUACGUACAACAAGCACCUGUUUGUACACAUCGGCCAGUCAAGCCCAAGCUACAGUGACCCCUACCUCGAAGCCGUAGACAUCCGCCAGAUCUAUGACAAGUUCCCAGAGAAAAAGGGUGGACUCAAGGAGCUGUUUGAACGGGGACCUUCCAAUGCCUUUUUUCUCGUGAAGUUCUGGGCAGACCUCAACACCAACAUGGAGGACGAAGGCAGCUCCUUCUACGGGGUGUCCAGCCAAUACGAGAGUCCUGAGAACAUGAUAAUCACCUGCUCCACCAAGGUCUGCUCGUUCGGCAAGCAGGUGGUGGAGAAAGUGGAGACAGAGUAUGCCCGCUAUGAAAACGGCCACUACUCCUACCGCAUCCACCGGUCCCCGCUCUGUGAGUACAUGAUCAACUUCAUCCACAAGCUGAAGCACCUGCCCGAGAAGUACAUGAUGAACAGCGUGCUGGAGAACUUCACCAUCCUGCAGGUGGUCACCAACAGAGACACGCAGGAGACCUUGCUGUGCAUUGCGUAUGUCUUUGAGGUGUCAGCCAGCGAGCACGGGGCUCAACACCACAUCUACCGGCUGGUGAAAGAAUAAGAGACCUGGGGAGCAGGGAGGGGGGAGGAGACGUUGUGUGUGUCGGGACAGGGGCGGGACGUGCAGCGGCAGCCCCCCCGAAGUGCCAAGAAAGCUGACUCUUCCCGCCCAGGAACAAACGGGGCUUGCACCUCAGUGCCCAACCCCAAAUAAACCCGAGAUGUGUAUUUUCA